AUGUCAAAAAAGCAAAAAAUAACUACACUUGAAUCAAAUAUUCAAUAUGAGAAUGAAUUAACUGAAAGUAGUUUUAAAACUACUGAUAAUACCAUUGAUUUAACAGAAAGUACAUCAACUGAGCCAAUGGUCAAACUAACAAAUACUAUAACUGAAAUAUUAUCAACUUCAAUGUAUCUUACUAUAAGUGAUGUAAGGUUAACUAUAAUUGGUUUAUUGCGACAUUUAGAAUCUUUUUUUGAAACUUACUCUGAUACUAAUUUGGAUGAAUGUAUAAUAGCAAAUUCAAUUAAUUUCAAACUCCAAGAAUAUUGGGAAUAUGUUGACGAACCAACAACAAUUAGUGUUUUGUUAGAUCUGUAA